AUGUCUAAAAACGUCUUUUUAGCUCUCCUGAGCCUUACUUUUGUGUCUGUCUCUGUUUAUGUUAUUCUGCGUGCCCAGGUCCAACCAAACCGGACAAAAAUUUUCAUAAUUACCCCGACAUAUGCCCGACCUACCCAGAUGCCAGAGCUUGUGCGUUUGUGUAAUACUUUUCGGCUGAUUCGUGAUAUACACUGGAUAAUUGUUGAGGACGCAGAAUAUACAUCAAACGAGGUUGCAGAAUUCAUAGCACGUUGUCAAAUACCCAUUACACAGCUUCAUGCAAAAUCUCCGAAGACAAGAAGAAUCAGGGGCAGCAAUCAACGUAACGAAGCUAUCAGAUGGGUUCGAAAGGUCACCAAGUCACGAGAAAUGAAAGGGGUCGUGUAUUUCGCAGACGACGACAAUACCUAUGAUCCGAGGAUUUUUGAAGAAAUGAGGACGACUGUACGAGGUUCCACAUGGCCUGUCGGUCUAGUUGGUGGUCUGACCCGGGAAGGCUGCGUCACAGACAAGAAGGAUCCCUCAACGAUCAUCGGCUUUGAAGCCUCGUAUAAACCCAAUCGCGCCUUUCCUAUCGACAUGGCUGCCUUUGCAGUAAACCUGGAACUGUUUCAUCGCUAUUCCGCAGCUGCCUUCGACUACACCUAUGUUGGUAUGCAGGAGGGUCGCAUACUCUCACAGCUGGGAUUUAAAAAUGCCUUCGAACUAGAACCAAAAGCAAGUGGAUGCACCGAGGUUAGAUAA